UUCUUGUGAAUUAAAUAGACUCAUUGUUUCAAUUACUGAUCCUGGUUUAUCAAUCACCACCAAAGUUGAGAUACAUAGAUAUAUGGCAAGAGACGACAUAAAAAAAAAAUCGAAAAUGAUAAAAAAACUAAAUAUUUUCAAAUUCGAAACUGAUAUAAUAUGGUUUAUUGCUCUCCAAGUCUUUCUAUUGCACGCUAUUGGUAUUUAUGGUUUAUUGACUUUCAACUACUGGCAAAAUUUGAUUACUACAAUAUGGAUAAUCGUUAUGUAUAUCAUAUCUAAUAUUGGAGUGUCUGGUGGCGCUCAUCGACUUUGGUCUCACAAGAGCUAUAAAGCAAAGUUACCGUUAAGGAUUCUACUUUUGAUAUGCUUUAAUGCAAGUGUACAGAAUACGAUAUACAGUUGGGUAAAAAAUCAUCGUAUGCACCAUAAAUAUUGCGACACUAAUGCUGAUCCUCACACUUCUCAACGCGGUUUUUUUUAUGGGCAUAUGGGAUGGGUGUUUAUGAAAGAACAUCCGGAAUUUAUUAAAAAAAGCAAGCAGCUCGAUUUAUCAGAUGUUUUGUCAGAUCCUGUUGUGGUUUUCGGCGAAAGGUAUUUCUUGCUUCUUCAACUUCUUUUUGGUUUUAUCCUACCUACGACAAUACCUGUAUAUUUAUGGAAUGAGACUUGGAACAGAGCUAUUAUAUCGCAAAUAUUCAUAAGAUACAUGAUUUCGUUAAAUGCCGUGUGGUCUGUCAAUAGCAUUGCUCAUGUGUGGGGCACUAAGCCAUACAAUAAGAACAUAAAGCCGUCAGACAACGGAUUUGUUAAUUUUCUGACAGGAGAAGGUUAUCACAAUUUCCAUCACGUGUUCCCAUGGGAUUACAGAUCAUCGGAAAAAGGAAAUAAUAGAUUUAAUUACACCACAGUUUUUAUCAAUAUUUGCGCAAAAUUAGGACAAGCCUAUGAUCUUAAAUAUCCAUCCGAAAAUCUCAUAAAAAGUAGUGUAUUAAACAAUGGAGACGGGACUCAUCCUAUAUUAUUCGAAGUACCGAUGUCAGAAUCUGACUAGUUGUAAGCUAAAAGAAAUCAGACGAGAUACGU